CUCCACAAGAGAUAGAUAAGCCGUCAACAACAGCUGUAGUCCCCUUCCUCGUCUCAGCCAGGACCCCGUUUGGAAAACUCAAGACCGUCUGGUUCGAAAAGCAGCCAAUAGAAAAAUUCCGCUGUGCUGUUGCUAUCUAGCCUCGUGCCUUGCUGACCAAUCAGAUUGCUGCUGGUGAAGGGAGGGCGAGGUAACCGUGUGAGCGAGAGCCUGAGUGCAAGGGAAGCCUUAUCGCGGAGGCACGGCUAAAGACAACAUUUGCAAAAUGCCGAAUAAAACUAAAAAAGAGAAGGAACCAACCAAAUCUGCAAAAAGCAGCACGAAAAACAGUAAUGCCGGUGGCGGAAAGGAUGCUGGCACUGAAAAUUCAGAAGAGGCCCAGCAGACAGCCAGCAAGCGUCCCAGCAACAGCACUCCACCUCCCACUCAGCUCAACAAAAUUAAGUACUCAGGUGGGCCUCAGAUUGUAAAGAAGGAGCGUCGACAGAGUUCGUCACGAUUCAACCUCAGCAAGAACCGGGAACUGCAGAAGCUUCCCGCCCUCAAAGAUGCCCCACCCAUGGAUCGAGAAGAACUGUUUGUCCAGAAACUGCGGCAGUGCUGCGUGCUUUUUGACUUUGUGACUGAUCCACUAAGUGAUCUCAAGUACAAAGAGGUGAAGCGAGCUGGCCUCAAUGAAAUGGUGGAGUACAUCACACACAACCGCGACGUGGUCACAGAGUCCAUCUACCCUGAAGCUGUCAUCAUGUUUUCUGUAAACUUGUUCAGGACUCUGCCACCCUCUUCCAACCCCACGGGAGCAGAGUUUGACCCAGAGGAGGACGAACCCACUCUAGAGGCAGCUUGGCCUCACCUGCAGCUGGUGUAUGAAUUCUUCUUAAGAUUCCUGGAGUCACCUGACUUCCAGCCCAACAUUGCCAAAAAAUACAUCGACCAAAAGUUUGUACUGUCGCUUCUGGAGCUUUUCGACAGUGAAGACCCCCGAGAGCGGGACUUCCUGAAAACCAUCCUGCAUCGCAUCUACGGAAAGUUCCUCGGGCUGAGAGCCUACAUUCGCCGGCAGAUCAACAAUAUAUUCUACAGGUUUAUAUACGAGACGGAGCAUCACAAUGGGAUUGCAGAGCUUUUAGAAAUCUUAGGAAGCAUAAUUAAUGGCUUUGCCCUGCCACUGAAAGAGGAACACAAAAUGUUCCUCAUCAGAGUGCUACUGCCUUUACACAAAGUCAAGUCUCUCAGCGUCUAUCACCCACAGCUGGCCUACUGUGUGGUGCAGUUUUUGGAAAAGGACAGCAGCCUCACUGAACCUGUGAUUAUGGGCCUGCUAAAGUUCUGGCCCAAGACCCACAGUCCUAAGGAGGUGAUGUUUCUGAAUGAGCUGGAGGAAAUCUUGGAUGUCAUUGAGCCCUCAGAAUUUGUUAAAGUCAUGGAGCCUCUCUUUAGACAGCUGGCCAAGUGUGUAUCAAGUCCGCACUUCCAGGUUGCUGAAAGAGCAUUGUAUUACUGGAACAAUGAGUACAUCAUGAGCCUGAUCAGUGACAAUGCCGCCAAGAUCCUCCCCAUCAUGUUUCCCGCUCUCUACAAGAACUCCAAGAGCCACUGGAACAAGACAAUCCAUGGGCUUAUCUACAAUGCUCUGAAGCUCUUUAUGGAGAUGAACCAGAAGCUGUUUGAUGACUGCACUCAGCAGUACAAGGCUGAGAAGCAGAAAGAGAAGUACAAACUAAAGGAGCGGGAAGAAAUGUGGCAUAAAAUUGAAGAGCUAGCAAAACAGAACCCUCAGAGUACAAAGAUUCAGCUGCGGCCCGGUCUGGCUCAAGAGGAGUAUAUGAUGUAUAAUGAAGGAGGGAUGCCCCUGUACUCAAUGGAGACCGAGACUCCUACAGCCGAGGACAUCCAGCUGCUGAAGAAGACUGUGGAAUCAGAAGCCACACAGGGGUUGAAAGAAAUCAAGAAAGAGAAGGUUUUGAUGAGGCGAAAGUCUGAGCUGCCGCAGGACGUGUAUACUAUAAAAGCCCUGGAAGCUCACAAGCGAGCGGAGGAGUACCUGACGGCCAACCAGGAAGCCCUCUGACGGGGGAGCACCGCCACCCUCCACCGCGCCUAAACUGUCCCUCUUGUCUUGGUCCGAAAUUGUCGCCUGCUGUAACCCACCUCUCUAUUCCUCUGCCUCUGUCCAUACUCUCUUCCUCCCUCGCUGUUGGAGAGCCCCGUCUGCAAAAAUCCAGCCCGCAGAACAGUGGAGAGCUCCCAUGAACUCUGUCCCACCCCCUAUGUGCGCACAAACACUUUCCAAAGUCUUUACAAAUCCAUAGCUGCUGAUCCUCACAUCCAACAGAAGCUGUUAGAAAGCAAUGUGGGUUACAAAUAAUCAAAGUAUGUUGUGGUUUGUUUUUCUCUCCACACUCCACUUUAUUUUGCUCACUUUAUGCUGUCUUCAUUUGUCCGCAUGUUCCCUAUCCCGUUUUUACCACUGCUUGAGAGCUUCUCCUGUAUUCCAAUCACUGCCUCUGUAGAUCUGUUCGCAAUGAAGGAGCCACACUUAACUAAACAAAUCAUGUUACUCAAGAUAAAUGAAGACCUCAAUGGAGAGGUGGGCUCAGCGUAGGGUCUGUAGCCAAACGAGAGCGAUCAGGGCUAUUCUUGAUGUCAAACAAAAAUCUACAUGGAAAAACUUGUUCCGUACUAAGAAGCUUUAUGAAUUAUACAUGCAAAUUGGAGAUUUGCCAAUCCAUUUCUGAUGCUUCCCUAGAUAUACACGUGAAAUUGUUUCUCCAUUGUGGCCUGGUGCUGUAAAUGCUUCAGGUAGUCAUCUGAAGAAGUCAUUUUUGAGGUCACGGCCACAUAUGAAGAGGCAGAGGCUGAAGAGUUCGACCUAAUCCGUUUGCUGUUUUCUCAGUGAUUGUGUUAAUGAUCGUCAAAAACGAAAAAAAGUGUGUAAGCAAUCAUCUCUACAUACACCACCAGCAGAAAAGACAAGAAUGUGCUCUAAACGCAUGCACCAUGCACUUCCGUUUGUCUUUUCGUUUUAAGACUUAUACCUCUUUAACAGAUACCCAUCAAAUCGAAACGUCCUUUUUCGCCGCCUAGCUUCAGUAAGGUGUCUUGUUUUUGCUUCAUAGGUUUCUGUGAUGUAUAAAAACCAGAAAAGAACGAAAAACAAACUCCCACCGUUCAAGAUCGGGAACUACCGUCCUGUCCGAAAUUGUACGUCUUUUGUUGUUCACUUUAAAGCACCUAAGCAAUAUUUUUUUUUUUUUCAGCAAUCAGAACUGUAUGGAGAACAUGCACUGGUCUAGUGUAUGAUCAAGCGCUAUACAAUCCUCCUGAUAGGACUAUAUACUUACAGAGAAAAGAUACUCGCUUACCUGUCCAGGCUUAAUAUAUGGAAAACCGACAGCCUGCAGUUGCCGUCGCAAAUACUUGUGUACUGUAUAUUGUCAUGUAUAUUGCUUAUGAUUGCACCCUUGCCCACCCCAUGCCCUUCAGUAUUCCCUUUUCUUUCAUUCCGUUUGCUUGUAUGACUGAUGCAUGAUGUCCCCUCUCUGUUGUAAAGGUCUGUCUCGUGAAGUGUCACUUUGAUCAUUCCAAUAGCGAGGGAACAUUUACUCCUCCUACAGGCUGCUGGACAAUGCAAAACGUCAUCGCUAUCCGACGCGCUGCUCAAAGGUCUCGCUGUAAUUUGCCCAGAUGUCCACUUGCUGUGCAUUCAAGCUGCUACACUUCUUCCAUCGCUCCAAACAUGCGCAUACAUUUUGACUCGUGCUAUUACAGCCUAUUAGUAUGCAGUGCAGAGGUGAAGUCUUGAAAUCAUUAGCUGUUUGAAGUGUUGUAACGUCACCUCGGCCUAUCAGCGUACGGGAAUGACUUGUCCGUGCAAUCAAGAGCAUGAAUUGCCAACUUUGUUGCCUCUAAAUAAUAGACCAAAACAUUCCAGAAACAAUCAGAGGCAACUUCACUCUUGAACGCAGCAUGCUUCCUUUCUCAAUGCAGCUUGA